AUGGUUGGAGAGAUAGUCCUCAAUAUUUCGAUGACUUCUGACGAUGAGAACAGAAAGGAAGCGUUGCUCGUGGAACUGAUCGACACCGGAAUUGGAAUAGACCCUAAAUUUAUAACACAUAUAUGGGAUAGCUUUUCACAAGAGGAUGCAUCAGCAACGAGACCUCACGGUGGCACGGGAUUGGGGCUUUCAAUUUGUAAAAAUUUAGUAACCAUAAACGGAGGAAAGCUGGGUGUCACAAGCGAGUUGGGAAAAGGAAGUCGGUUUUGGUUCACCUGGAAUGUUGGGCCAGUUUUUCAAGUACAACCGGUGGAAAAUAUUCAGUCGCUUUCCACAUUCUUAUCAGAUAAACGAAUUCUUGUUAUUGAUCCUGUUACCACGGCUCGUAACAGCUUGGUUAGACUUAUCAAUAAUGAAAGGACUGACGCGUUUGACACGGCCAAAGAGGGUACCGCCUCCGCGAAAAUGCUAAGAGAACGGCAUAACGAACAGUAUGAUCUUGUAUUCUUCAAUGUCCUCGAAGACAAUGUACAAGAGGUUAUAAAGGCUGCAAAAGAAUUAAGAGAAAUAUGCGGAAAUGAUAAUUUACUCAUCAUAUUAAUGGUCUUUUGGUCAGCCGAAGGACACGUGAUGGGACAGGAAGUAAUGAAAGAGAUUGGAGAUCAAGUUAUCACGAUGCGUAAACCAAUAACGCAAAAGCGAAUACUAAAUUAUUUACUUAAUAGAGAAAUUUCUAAACCCCAUAAUAGUGUUGAAUCGCCGGCGGAUUUGAGUGCAGAGGUAUACCAUGACCGUAACGAUUCACAGUCCAACUCAAAUGAUGCUGAAGACGUCAAUAUGUUAAUUGAUGAAAAAUCAUCAUCUAACGAUCAAAAAUCGGCAAGGAAACCGAAUUUAAAAAGAACGACCCCUGUGGUUGACGAGGACCGCAAGUUAAAAUCGCGAACUCGUCUUACUUCAAAGUCAAAAUGCAUACUGUGUGUUGAAGAUAACCCCAUUAACUUAAGAGUCAUACAACAUCAACUCACGAGACUCGGAUAUCAAUCUUUAUCCGCGACAAACGGACAAGAAGCCGUAAAUCUAUUGGCCGAGCUCGCCAAUUAUUUAGACGACCCAAACUCUCCUUCAAACCAUCGCGCCGAAAUCUCCUUAAUCUUGAUGGAUUGUGCGAUGCCAAUAAUGUCGGGGCACGAGGCUUCAAAAAUAAUAAGGGCGAUGAAACCUCCCAUAUCACAAAUACCAAUAAUUGCUCUGACGGCCGAGGCUGUUCUGGGUUCAAAAGAAAAAUGUCUUGAAUCAGGGAUGAGCGAUUACCUUACCAAACCGUUAAAGAUGGAACAGCUUGAAGAAAUGUUGCUUAAAUGGUUAAACGAUUGA